GUGAGCUGGAGAAAAUGCCACCAGAGAUAGAGGGAGUAGUUGCUAAGUACCCUGAUCUAUUUGAAGAGCCGACAGGGGUUGUUGAGAGGGAGGUCGUCCACGCGAUAGAGAUUAUCCCAGGAUCUAGUAUUCCAAAGGGUAGAAUCUAUCGGAUGUCUCCGAGCGAGCUUGAUGAGCUUCGCCGCCAACUCAAGGAACUCGUAGAGAAGGGUUGGAUCCGRCCRAGUGUCUCUCCUUAUGGGUCUCCAGUUUUAUUCGUGCCUAAGAAGAAGGAGGGAACUCUAAGGAUGUGCAUUGACUAUAGGGGCCUCAAUGCCAUCACGGUGAAGAACAGAGAGCCCUUACCACGCAUCGAUGAUCUGUUAGAUAGAGUGCAAGGGUGUCRGUACUUCAGUAAAAUAGAUCUGAAGUCCGGGUGCCAUCAGAUUGCAAUCCGGCCCGAGGAUCAACACAAAACCGCAUUUCAGACCAGGUACGGUCUAUACGAGUUUGUGGUGAUGCCUUUUGGCCUUUGCAAUGCUCCUGGCACCUUUCAGCACGCUAUGAAUCAAAUAUUCCAUGACUACUUGGAUAAGUUUUUCGUCGUGUACCUCGAUGACAUACUUAUUUUUAGUAAGACUGUCGAGGAGCACGUAGCACACUUAGACAAAGUUCUCAGUCUCCUGCGACAGCACAAGUUCAAGAUCAACGGUGAAAAGUGCGAGUUUGCCCACACCCGUAUCUUGUACUUGGGUCAUGAGAUCUCCGCGGAAGGGUUGAAGCUCGAUGACGCGAAGGUGGCCAGCAUUCGUGAUUGGCCACGUCCUCAGUUUGUGACUGAGAUGAGAUCUUUCUUAGGAAUGACAGGCUACUACAGGAAUUUCGUUAACAACUACAGCAUAGUGACCGCUCCUUUGACUGAUCUGACCCGCCUUGACACCCCUUGGGGGUGGACAGAUGAGUGCGAGGCUGCUUUCAGACAUCUGAAGCAUGCAUUGACGCACUAUGAAGUCUUGAAGCUACCCGAUCCUGAUAAACCAUUUAUAGUAACCACGGAUGCUAGCCAAUAUGGCAUUGGCGCCGUGCUUGCGCAGCAGGAGGGGUCAAAGUUGAGGCCAGUAGAGUACAUGUCCAAGAAAAUGCCGUCUCAGAAGUUGGCUAAGUCCACUUAUGAGAAGGAGCUCUAUGCGCAAUAUGACUUUGACCCUCAAUAUCUUAAAGGGGAGUACAACAAAGUUGCAGAUGCCUUGUCGCGCAGACCAGACUUCUCAGGUGCGCUGAUUACUGAGUUCGAUCUAACGGACAAUGUUACUCAGUCUUUGGUGGAAGCCUAUCCUCAGGACCAGUUUAUGUCUGAGAUCAUACGCAGACUGGAGGCGAAGGAUGAAAAGACCUCCGCCGAGUUUGAGUUGGUCAAUGGAUUGCUGUUCCUAGAGAAGGCAGGGAAUAAACGCUUGUGUAUUCCAAAUAGCGAGUCUUUGCGCAGUUUGUUUUUAGGUGAGUGUCAUGAUGCCACCGGUCAUUUUGGGUAUAAGAAGACCGCAGCCAACUUGCUGCAGCGAUUCUGGUGGCCCACGAUGAUGCGAGAUGCACAGCUGUAUGUGGAGACCUGUCAAGUUUGGCAACGGGACAAGCCCUGUUCUCAAGCUCCUCUUGGACUGCUUAAGCCCCUUCCGAUUCCGGAAAGGCCAGGUGAAAGCUUGUCCAUGGACUUCAUGGAUACGCUGGUCACCAGCAAGAGUGGAAUGAGGCAGAUUUUCGUCAUCGUGGAUAGGUUUAGUAAGUAUGCUAGAUUAAUAGCCAUGCCGGAAACAGCAAAGACCGAGUACGUAAGCAAACUGUUCAAGGAGAACUGGGUCAGAGACUUUGACUACCAAAGUCUAUUGUUAGUGACAGGGACGUACGGUUCACUAGUGAACUAUGGAAAGCCGCUGCAGCUGAACAGGGAACUCAACUGCAGAUGACUUCUGGAAGCCAUCCAGAAGCUAACGGCCAGGCGGAGCAGAUGAACCGCGCUGUGCAGCACCUGUUGAGGCACUACAUCAAGCCUAACCAGGUGGACUGGGACGAAAAGUUUGCUUUAGUCGCCAGUCUGUAUAACAACGCAGUACAUAGUGCCACGGGGGUGAGUCCUAACAGUCUGCAACUAACGUUUAAGCCUAGACUGCCCUUAGACUUUCUACUACCUGACAAUCAACCAGACACUGCACCCGGCACUCUCGAGUUUGCCUAUCGUUAUGAACAGAAGAUGCAGGAGGAUGUAGAACACAUGCAGAAGGCGCAGGCUGCAAUGAUUGAGUCUGAGAAUAAAUAUCGCCGCCCUUC